AUGGCCCUCCCUCAACUCCUCACCGGCAAAGUCGCCGCCAUCACCGGUGGCCUGACUGGAAUCGGUCGCGCAAUCGCCCUCGACUACAUCCACCACGGCGCCUACGUAGCCGUAAACCACCUGGGCGGCGCCUCCGACGAACCACACCUCGCCUCACUGCGAUCCGAAAUCUCGACCCUCCUCUCCGAAACAAAGCAAGAUUCGACACUCGAGAAAAGAUUCAUCGCCGUCGCCGGCGACGUCUCGAAGCCCGAGACGGGGGUCGAGUUUGUGAAGAAGGUUGUGGACAAGUUUGGACGCCUCGAUAUCUUUGUUAGCAAUGCGGGGGUUUGUCGGUUUGAGGAGUUUUUGGACGUAACACCAACUCUCAUAGGCGGCACAAUAUCCACAAACCUCACAGGCGCCUUCUACGCCGUACAAGCCGCCGCCCGCCAAAUGGCCUUCUCACAGUCCCCACAGGGCGGCUCGAUAAUCGGGAUCAGCUCAAUCAGCGCGCUCGUCGGCGGCGGGCAGCAAACACACUACACGCCCACAAAGGCGGGCGUUCUGUCUCUCAUGCAGUCGACGGCGGUCGCGCUGGGCAAGUACAAUAUCCGAUGCAAUGCGUUGCUCCCCGGGACGAUCCGCACGCAGCUUAAUGAUGAGGAUAUGAGUGAUCCUGUCAAGAGGGCGUAUAUGGAAGGGAGGAUUCCGUUGGGGAGGCUGGGGCAGCCGAGGGACUUGGCGGGGCCGGCGGUGUUUUUGGGGUGUGAGGGGUUGAGUGGUUAUGUGACCGGAGCGCAGCUGUUGGUUGAUGGCGGGUUGUUCGUGAACCUCCAAUAG